AUGGCCGUCAGCCCGCCACGGACCCCGGCGCCCGCCAACGGCCGCGCCAAGAACCUCAGCACGCCCGAUAUACUCGCCGCGAUGAUGGACAGCGACAGCGAGGACGAGCUGACCAUCGUGCGCGCGCGCGAGCAGCUCACCGCGCGUCGACCGACCAAAUCGGACUGGGCCGAGGAGGACAGGCGCGCGCGCGCGUCCCCGCCGGCCAAGACCAAGCGCGGCGGCCUCCCGUUCUUCUCCCCGAGGAAGAACCCCGACGGAUCGGAACACGUCGCGGCGAAGCGAAUGUCGCGCAAGGAUGUGCGCCAAGCGGAGGGCGCGGAGGCGCGACAGAAGGAGCGCGCGGCGGCGCUCAAGGUGACCAAGCCGUCGGCAUCGUCGACGUCCAACCCAUCGCGCGCGGCGUCCACUUCCUCGGACGUCGAAGCGGCGUCGAGGGCGGCAGCCGGGUCGACGGCGGCACAGCUGGCGGCACAGCUGGCGAGGCUCGUCUGGUCGACGCUCGUCUUUUUCGCGCUGGUCGCGGCGAUCUUUGUCGUUUGCGUCGCCCUGGACCAGCGCGGCGCGUUCCCGGACGUCAUGACCCCUCGGUCCAUGAGGGCGUUCGCGGAACGAGCGGUGGCGGGGAUGAGCGCGGCGAAUUUGAGCGCGUCGGUGGACGCGUACGCGGAGGCUGCGCGAAGGUUUGGCGCGGCGCUGGCGCUUCGAUGCGUCGAGGGGUCUCACGUGGUGGCGACGAGGGCGCGCGUGUUUGGCGCCGCGUGCGUCGCCGAGGGGGACACCGUCGCGAGGGCGGUGCGGGCUGUCGUGGCGAGGGCGACGAGCGCGUUCGAGAGGUGA